AACCAGUUGUAAUUUGAAUGCGAAACGGAAAAGACGUGUUCUAUUUGAAAUUAAAAUUCUGGUACUAAACUAUCUAAGCUCAUUUCGCCAUAACUUUCGGAUAGAGAAAAACACGUAGCGUCUCCGUCUCUACUGGGUUUGACUUUUUUUCAAUUUUUUUUUUUAAAUUUUAAUUUUUCCAUAGAAUGAAACAAUACGGCGGUGGUGCGGGUUCAAUAAAAAUGUUGUAUAUCUUAUUAAAUUAAAAAAAUAUAACUUAAACCUUAAUCUUCUUUAUUUAAAAUUAAUAAUAAAUCAAAUGUGGUAAACAUUGAUAAGAGUGUUACAAAAAUAAAUUUUGCAAACAUCUUAUUAAAAAUGUGUAUAUGAAUAGAAUCAACCUAUUUUAUUCCUUAAAAGCUUCUUCUGUUCGUAACUUGACUUUGAAACCUCUCGGGUAGUUUCGUAUAAAAUUCUGUUAAUUAAGUUCGUUAAAUGGAUUUCGAAAAGGUCUUGAAUAAAUGUGGCGAUUACAGUAGAUAUCAAUUCUUAUUACUAAUAUCGUUUGGUGUAUUGAAUAUAUUUUCUGCAUGGCAUUACUUUGCCCAAACCAUUGUAGGGUUUACUCCACCCCACUGGUGCUCUCAUGAAUCCUUUACAAAUUUAUCAUUUGUUGAUAUUAAAGCUAUCUAUUCAAAAUUUGAAAGACCAUCAUGUACUAAGCUCAUCAAAGUAGAUGCUGGAUUAGAGUCAUAUUAUACUGCUUCUGAAGAAAAAUGCACGGAAUGGAUCUACAAUUACGAUUUUGGUUACAAGAGUAUUUCCGCAGAGAUGAAUUGGGUCUGUGAUGAUGCACACAAGCUUGCCGUUGGGCAAUCACUCUUUUUCAUUGGAUCGGUCAUAGGGACAAUUUUAUUCGGAUAUUUUGCUGAUCGCAUCGGUCGGCUUCCUACAAUGAUAAUGGCCAAUUUAUCAGGAUGCAUUGGAGAUUUUUUGUCAUCAUACACAAGUUCACUUCCAGAAUUUGCGGCAUGCAGAUUUAUUUCAGGAAUGGCAACCGAUACAUGCUUUUAUCUUAUGUACAUAAUGGUAUUUGAAUAUAUACGACCAUCUAAAAGGACAUUCGGUCUAAAUAUUAUUCCUGGAAUCUUUUACUGUUUGGGAUUAGUGAUGAUCCCCUGGAUGGCAGUUUCCAUGGGAAAUUGGAGAAAUUUUCUAUUUUUGGAAUCAAUACCAAUAGCCACAGUUGUUUUUUAUGCAUUUUUCCUAUGCGAAAGUGCCCAAUGGUUGAUAACGAGACAAGAUUACGAAGGAGCUGUUAAAUGUUUAAAGCACGUUGCAAAAUUUAACCGAAGAACUGUUGAAGAAUCAGUUUUCGAUGAAUUUGAAAAAUACUGCAGGAACACUAUUCAAAAAUGUAUAGACGAAAAACACAUAGACGAUAACUUCUUUGGAAUGUUCAAGACUCCACGCCUGCGUAAAAUCACAAUAAUUUUGUUGAUAAAAUCAAUGAUAAUCACAAUAUCCUUUGAUAUAGUUGGAAAGAAUAUGGAAGGACUUGGAACAUCUCCUUUCAUUCUAUUUUCCACCACCUCAUUGGUCUAUAUACCAGCAGCUCUAACCAUGAUAUGUCUCCAAAACAGAAUUGGUCGUAAAGGAAUGGCAUGCUUUUCGCUAUUUAUGUGUUCAGUUUUCACCAUGACGAUAGGAAUUACUAUUGUUAAUAUUAAUUCCUUUGAGAAUGCUACGAUCUUAGCAUUACUUGUGGCAGUUUCUCGUUAUGGAACUGUGAUAGCAUACGAAGCAGAAGCACAAUAUGCGGCAGAGCUUAUUCCUACAAGCGUUAGAGGCCAAGGAGUGGCUAUUAUACAUGUUGUGGGAUAUCUCUUCAGCUUCCUGAGUGCUUACAUUUUGUAUUUGGGCAACUAUUACAGAUCAUUUCCGUCAGUGUUUGUCAGUACAAUUAUGUUAUUUGGAUCAUUUCUGUGUUUAUUCCUUCCUGAGACUGUUAACAAAACGCUGCCUAAUUAUCUUUCAGAAGGCGAACAGUUUGCACGUCAUGAAAAAUGGUAUCAAUUUCGGGUUUCGAAAAAUAAAAAGGACGUAGCAAUUUGAGGAAAUGUAAAAUUUUGCAAUUAAUUACUGUUUGAAACUACUUAGACUUUAUGGUUAAACAUUUGAUCUUUUCAAGAUAUUGAUGAACAUUAAUGGCACCAUAACUUUAAAUUAUAACGAUUAUAGCCUUUUAAGGCUUAAGGCCUUAAGUUUAUACAACAAAGUGAAGUAAAAUCAAAAUAAAACAAUAACUUUCUAUGGGAA